ACGGAAGUACCAAGUUGUUCUUUAUACAAUAUGCAUGUAAUGGAUAUCUACUGUGUAACCGUUCUAGUACCCGAAUGGCAGCCCACCCGCCUUUAGCGCUACUCUACCCCUGACACAAGGCUAAGGCCAGCCAGCUUUCCAUGUCCAGCAACUCACGUAAGGUCGCAGGUGAAGGUUUAUGCAAGGUCUUCGGUAUCUCAUGUUCAUGCAUAGAGUGGAAAUCUAACGGUCUGACGAACAACUUCAAUCCGGCAAAUCAACUACGUCAAACAUUUAUGCCAAAUAUAUCCUGUUUAAUUCUUGAUGGCUCCGGUUUUGCCUAUCGCCGUCCGAUAGAGACAUCCAUAAUACUGCAAUACCUUGAAGCAUCUCGUGUUCCCCGUGUAUAGUGGAUAGUGGUCAACUGAUUGUCCCAUCUCUUCAUGCCGCCCACUCCGCCCAAAGGCUCCGAGCCGAAGCCUGGGUCACUUUCGAGUUCGAGUACUUUCCCUCGUCACCAUGCCUCGGAGUCGAACGAGUCUCGACCUCGUGUUCAACGCGCAAAUACCAUAGAGAAUACCACUCCACCGCAAGUUGCUGUUAUACAAGAUACCCCACCGGAGAGGCAGAAAAAGGGGAAGCUCGAUACGUUCGAGUCGGAAACAGCCGAUGAUGUAAUUGAGCCACCCCGGGCUUCCGUGGAUAUGGAUGAGAUACCAAUUGAACUGGUGAGCAAGACAGACAACUUCAUCGAUUCUCUUUCUGCCAAAGUCCAUCCAACGCCACCGAACAUUGAGAAGCUUUCUCGACUGUUUCAAGACUUCUACCAUGUCGCUGCUUCACAUAUACGGACCCAUAUAGAUAGCUUAGCUACCCGACAAAUCCGGGAAAUUUCCCCAACCCCUUCAAGUUAUUCAAGGGCCUCUGCAGCUAGUCUGCUAAGAUCCAAGGCAGCAUCUUUCAGUAAUAAGGACAAGACAAAAACAACGCCGACAAAAGAAGAGCAGCAAAUGCUCACGGCUGAAGAGUUUGCCGAUAGGAAACGAGCUAGGAAAGCGUUAGAGCAGAAAAGAAUUCUCCUCGAAGAGGCCGUUGAGAGGCGGCUUUGCGAAGGCAUAUAUGAUCGUAUAUAUCGCCAUAGAACUACCCAAGACGAAGCGCAGGACGAUAGUCUCAGAUCCAAAACGGCCGCGCUAGCUCUUGUAGGCAUUGGGCCUGUAGACCUGGGAGUUGAUCUCGGGACUCCUGCCGAGAACACCCCUGAAGCCCUCGCAGCACAAAAAGAAGAGAUUCGAGGGUACCUGGAACAGGCCCGGAAAGACCUAAUCUUGAUGCACGAGAAGAGGUAUCCUCUGGGCAAGCUAAACCACCUCAAAGCCGCUCAUAAGAGUAUCGUCGAUACGUUAUCUCAUUUUCAUCCUUCAUCAUCUGCCGAUGAGAUCAUGCCGAUGCUCAUCUAUACCUUAAUAACCAUGCCACCAGAGAAGCUCAAUGUAAUCAGUGAUUUGCAUUUCAUACAGAGAUUUCGAUGGGAAGAAAAGCUAGAAGGGGAAGCUGCAUAUUGCUUGACGAAUCUCGAGGCCGCAAUCACUUUCCUACAGACGGUAGAUCUUGCAAGUCUUAGAGCGGAUGAGGCAUCGUCGGGCCCCCUAAAACCUGAAAGUCGGCCUGACACGCCGAAGACAGAAACCUUUCCACCCGCUUACACUGCAGGUCUGUCCGUACCAGAGCCUAGCUCGGCUAGUACCAGUUCCGAGAACACCCAAGGCACAAAAUCAUUGCCACCGUCUACAGAUUUGCGAGCCGCCAUUCAACGUCGGCGGUUGAGCGACCUUAUCCAAACUCCCGCUCAGGCUCUAGGAACGGCAAGCGAUUCAUUAUUCAACACCGCCGACCAAGGCUUCAAGACUAUUGGAACUAGUUUGGGCGACAGCUACAAAUUUCUACUCGGCAAACUUCGAGAUAGUUCCGCCAGUGGCCGAGAGUUGGCAGUCCCGCGAACCUUAGAUGAGGCACGAAAACUCAUAGGUACUCCACCUCCAGAGGACGACGCAUCCGUGGAUGGCAGCAUUUCCGCUCCAGGAGGCGGCGAUGAUUCAAAAUCACCCGCAAUAGCAAAAGACGAUAAGAUUUUAACCCUGCUUGGCGGCAGGAAGGUAUCAAGGGACCGAAGUGCAGACAGCACGAGGAGUGCUAGGAGUGCAAGUAGUUCUAAAAAGGUAGUCUUUGCAGAGGAGAACAAGGAGAAGCCUGCUGCCGCGGCCGAAGGCUCUUCUCCUGGAUCCUCUAACCCGGCUCUGGUCGAAUCGAUGCGGAAUUUCGGUAAUUCUCUGAACCCCAUGAAUCGCUUCUCGGGUAUAAGCAUGAUGCGUGGCUUCGGACGCGCAGCUACAACACCUGUCACACCUACAAAGGACGGUACGGCUAGACCGACUGAUGGCGGCGACUUAGCUACGGCAUUUCCAGAUAUCGCAGCGGCACUGCCGCCGAAAGACAUCCCGAAGAUCGAUCCGCCCAAGAAGAAAUUCAUGGACCUACAGAACCCGGCGGAUCUCAGGAUCGGCGACGUCUUGGAGCUGUUGCGGGAUUAUCGUCGACUUGCCGGCGCCCUCAAGGAUAUGGACGCUUUCAAGGAAUAGAUGGGGCUGGCUUUCUGCGCUCCUUUGCUUGGGCAAUUAUACUUAGAUAACAUUUGUGUGCGGUGUCUUCGGUUCAUGGGGAUACAUCUACGGUAUAUAUUUUGCAUGGGGUUCGGAGUUUAUACACCGCGGGACCUCGUGAUUUGAACGGGAGGUUCGGCUUGAAUUGGCAUUGAUAUAGAAGGGCAGAUCUAGACGAAGACGGUCAAUGGAACUAUUUAUACCUACAUACCUACCUUCCUCGUUCUCACUUCAGUGUUCCAGUUUUCCCAGGUAUG